UGGCCGCCGCCCGCCCCGCCGCUUCCGGCGCGGCGCCGCGUCACUGCCGCCAUGGCGGCGCGGGGCCCCGGCCGCGUCUCCGUGCUGCUGCCCACCUACAACGAGCGCGACAACCUGCCCCUCGUCGUGUGGCUGCUGGCGCGCACCCUCGGCGACAGUGGGAUCGACUUUGAAAUUAUCAUCAUCGAUGAUGGAAGCCCGGAUGGGACACAGGAGGUUGCUCAGCAACUGGAAAAAAUAUAUGGAUCAGAUAAAAUACUUCUGAGACCCAGAGCAAGGAAGCUGGGCCUGGGCACUGCUUACAUCCAUGGAAUGAAGUAUGCCACGGGGGAUUUCAUCGUUAUUAUGGAUGCUGACCUCUCCCACCACCCAAAAUUUAUUCCAGAGUUUAUCAGAAAGCAGAAAGAAGGCAAUUUUGAUAUUGUAUCUGGAACAAGAUAUAAAGGAAACGGAGGAGUGUAUGGCUGGGAUUUGAAAAGAAAGCUGAUCAGUCGUGGAGCCAAUUUUCUGACUCAGGUCUUGCUGAGACCAGGGGCAUCAGAUCUAACAGGGAGUUUCAGGUUGUACAGGAAAGAAGUCUUGCAGCAGCUGAUGGAGAAGUGUGUUUCCAAGGGAUACGUGUUCCAGAUGGAGAUGAUCGUGCGGGCUCGGCAGCUGGGAUUCACCCUUGGAGAGGUUCCCAUCUCGUUUGUGGACCGUGUCUAUGGAGAAUCCAAACUGGGAGGCAACGAAAUUGUCUCCUUCCUAAAGGGGCUCUUGACCUUGUUUGCUACAACCUGAGAGUUCAUCCUAAAGUAACUUUGCUAGACAAACAUUUUCUGAUGUCUGUGUAGAUUUAAACAUAUAAUGGCAAAGCUUGAUCAUUUGUGUGGUGGCCAGAAGACCUGCUAUGACCUAACAAUUAAACACCAUCACCAGUAAAUCAAACAUUCUGCAGCCCAGAAUGCUCCUUCCGACACAAAUGGACUGGAUGUUAAACUAAAAAUUAAUAAAGGCUAAUGCUUUUCUAUUUUUGUAAGAAUAAUUGUCUUAAUAAAGAACACAAAGCUAAAUGA